AAUCUUCUCACUACCAUAUAUAACCACAGCAUAGAUAUGGAGAGUGCCGGCCACCAGAAUGCCAAUGCAAGACUUGGGAGCACAAGGGGGGAGAGUGCUCCACAGGGAUAUUCUAUAAUGAUAUUGCUGGCAUUGCAUGCAUUCAUGUUUUCUCUCAUCGGAGUCUUAGGCGUCUACCUCCAACUCAAGUUUCCGAAUGUGUCUACAUAUGCGACCCCCCACGGCACUGAGAUGAUGGACCUCAUCAUUAUUGAGACAUGCUUUUACAUCGUCUCUUUAGUUGUGAUGGGAAUCCUAGCUGCUCGCAAUAAUACAGAUUUCGAAGAUCUGAUGAACAAUAUUAGCCUCUUACUUGGAAGUCUGUCCCUGAUUUUAGAGUUGCUCGUCCUUAUUUCACCUUUCGGAUGGAUCGCACUCUUCAUAUGGAGCAUCUGCCUUUUAUGCUUCCUGAGUAAGUCUUGCCGGUCUCUGAACACACUCUACCAAAGUGCAGUAGCAUAUCUUGUUCAAGACUUUGGAGAAUUGAAACAGAAGCUGGUUGAUCUGAAUCGCCGCUUGAUGGACAGUGACGCAAUUGCAGCACUUCAUGGUCCCUAUCAGACAUUGAAGGACCUGAUCAUCAGGAAUGACGGGCGCAUGACAGAGCAUGAAGCCCAGAUGCCCUAG